UUUCAUUAUCAGAGGUGGCUUGCGUAAAUCAAAGUACACAUUUGUUGACACUCAGGUUUAUGUACAGGUCUCCGUAUACCUCGUCGUAAGACAUUUGGAAAAUGAAGAUUGCAGCAAAAGUGGUGUGUUUGUUAGUUAUCGCUGUAGUAGUUUACAGUCUUGUGUACGUGUCAUUUAUCGGACAGGUGAGGAACAGGUUACAAAGGCCAGAAGAUCUGGAGAUUCUCAGAAGAUUGAAGAGAAUAGAAGAUCAAGUUUAUAAAAUAGCCAAAGUAAUAGAGGUCAAAAAUCAAGAGGCUGUUGUGGAACAAAAAAUCACAAAAAAGAAGUUGUAUCCACAAUCACCUCUCUUCCGUUCAUGGGGAGCCGAACUCACAGAAGAAGAACAAAUGGAAGCAGAGAGGCAGUUUCAGGAAUUUGGAUACAAUGCGUUCCUCAGUAACAGAUUACCACUGAACAGAACAAUCCCUGAUACUCGAAGCAUCAGAUGUACUGUGAAGAUCUACCCUAAGGACCUGCCAACCAUUAGUGUGAUUUUGAUCUACUUUAAUGAGGCUCUGUCAGUCAUUAAAAGGGCAAUCUGCAGCAUCAUCGACAAAACUCCUGCUCAUUUGCUAAAGGAGAUCGUCCUGGUGGACGACCACAGCUCCAAUGAGGAUCUGCAAUUGGCUCUAGAUGAAUAUAUUGAUCGAAUUAAUAAAGACAACCCUGGUUUAAUCAAGAAAGUGAGACACAAAGCGCAGAUGGGGCUUGCCAAGGCCAGAAUCUCAGGCUGGGAAGCGGCCACAGGUCAGGUGAUAGCCAUUCUGGACGCGCACAUUGAAGUUCAUUUGGAAUGGGCAGAGCCACUACUUGCAAGAAUCAAAGCAGACAGGACAGUAGUGGUGUCACCAGUGUUUGACAAUGUGCUUUUUGACACACUGGAGGUUACUGAGUAUAUUCCAUCUGCUCAUGCAUUCGACUGGAACCUCUGGUGCAUGUACGAGUCCUUCCGGCCAGAAUGGUACAAAAACAACGACCCAUCAGUACCAGGGAAGAGUCCCUCAAUCAUGGGUAUUCUUGCUGCUGAUCGUCAAUUCCUGGGAGAAAUUGGAGUUUUGGAUGAAGGAAUGACAAUUUAUGGUGGUGAAAAUGUUGAACUUGCAAUACGUGUCUGGCUCUGCGGUGGGAGUAUUGAAGUGGUGCCAUGUUCAAAGAUCGCACACAUUGAAAGAGAACAUAAGCCAUAUUCACCAGAUCUCAGCAAACCCAUGAUUCGAAAUGCCCUGAGAGUGGCUGAAAUCUGGCUGGAUGAAUAUAAAUCAAAUGUGAAUAUUGCCUGGAAUCUCCCUCUUAAGAAUCAUGGGAUUGAUAUUGGUGAUGUAACCGAAAGAAAAAAGUUAAGAGAGAAACUCAAAUGUAAGCCCUUCAAAUGGUAUCUGGAAAAUGUAUAUCCUCUUCUAGACAGCUGGGAAGACAUAAUUGGUUAUGGUGUGCUGAAGAAUGACCUCCAGACAGUCUACUGUGUUGAUCAAGGUGAAGUUCCUGGAAGUGUCCCUGUUCUGUAUGAAUGUCAUUACUAUGACCCUCAGCACUGUUAUUACACCCGUAAUGGAGAGGUCUACAUUGGAGGCAUCAAAUCCCACACGUAUAACUCUAACCGUUGUCUAAUGGAUCCUGGUAGUGGAAAUACACCAGCGCUGCAUGACUGUAAAAAUGCCAAGGAGAAACGAUUGAGUAUAUACUGGGACUUUUCUCAGGGAAACGCAAUAAGGAACAGAAACACAAAUCGAUGUCUUGAGAUCGGACAAGGAGAGGAUUCCUACUAUCGUCUUAUUGUGCAGACAUGCACAGGACAGAAAUGGACUAUACAGCAUGUUAUCAAAGACUUUUAAAAGGAAGUUUCACAGAAGUGAAAAUAUAGUAGAGGAAAUAGCUGUAGAAACCUCAAAAUAAUGUGUACAAGUAUGUGAAUGGAAAUAUGUGACACUGGACCACAAAUCCAGUCAUAACGGUCUUUUUAAUUGAGAUUUAUACCUGAUAACUUUACCUUAUACCUGAUACCUUAUACUUAAAUAAGCUUUCCAUUGAUGUAUGGUUUAUGAUCGGACAAUAUUUGGCAGAUAUACAACUAUUUGGAAAUCUGGAAUCUGAGGGUGCAAAAAAAUCUAAAUAUUGAGAAAAUCACCUUAGAAGAUGUCCAAAUGAAGUUUUUAGCAGUGAAUAUUAUUAAUCAAAAAUUAAGUUUGGUAUAUUUAUGGUAGGAAAUUUACUAAAUAUCUUCAUGGAACAUGAUCUUAACUUAAUAUUAAUAUUUACUUUUGAUCAUUUCGACCUGUACAAUGUAUUUUUGGCUACAAAUAUAUCCGUGUUACUUUUUGUGGUCUAGGGUCACAUAUACAUUUGAUUGUAUUGGUCUGUGUAUGAGGUCUGUGUCCUGUGACAUAAGUAAUAAUUUCAGUGCUGAACUACUGGUAGGCCUAACAUUUCAAGAUGUUCCUCAGACACUGAUUAAACUAUUACAGUAAAAUGACGUUGGUGUUGGUUUUACAGCAUAACAAAUUACUAAUGUAGGAUAAAUAACCAUUUUAAUAAAAUAUACUAGUCUAAACGUUGCAGCAUUAAGCACAUUAUCAUAUGGAUUUCCUUAUCAGUGGAAUUUAGCACGCAAAGGUUUUUGUGGACAUGUAAUAACAAGAAACGGGAUUGAAAGCAGAAAUAUUGAAAAGUGUUUACCUAUA